GGAGGGGGAGCUGAAAAUUCCAUUGAGAAGCGAAAAAAAAGUUACAAGAGAGAAAUUACGACGUCUGCAGAGCACCAGCAACAGCAGCAGUAGCAGCCAAAACGAACUCAAAAUAUAAAUACAAAUUGUGAAUAUACACACAUUGUUGUGUGUUACAGCAGCAGCAGCAGCAGCAACAACAGCAGCCAGAUAACUUUCCAAAAUACCGAAAGGCUGACAACGCGAUAAAGCGGCUAACAACAACAACAACAGCAGCAGCAGCAAAAACAACAACAGCAGUAGCAACAACAACAGCAGCAGUAGCAGUCGUAGAAGCAAAGCCAAAAGCAAAAGUCGAAAAAGUGCAAGUGUGGUUGGCCAACGUGCCUCUCUCUCUCUCUCUCUCUCUGUGUGUGUGUGUGCGUGAGUGUGUGUGUGUGUGUAGUGCAGCAGACGGCUCACACUAGGAACCGCUCACCCAGCGUGGGCGCCAGCAACAGCAGCUCGAGCAGCAUCUGCAUCCGUAUCCGCAUCCGCAUUGGCUGCAAGCAUGUCUUCGAAUAAUCAAUCGAGUGCUCAAGUGGCAACAAGUGCCAGCCAACGGGGUGGCAACUCCACGGACGGCACAGACACUCAACAUGGCAGCACUACCAACACCACCAACACCAGCAGCAGCAGCAGCAACAAUGCCAAUUCCAAUGCCAAUUCCAAUACGAAUACCAAUUCCAAUACGAAUACGAACGCGAAUGCUUCGUCGGCGGGCAAUGCGACAACGGGCAGCAACAGCGGCAGCAACUCGAAUGCGGCCAACGCUGGCCACGAGAGUCCCACGCACAGGGCGCAUGGCGGGCACGCAGCUGUCAACACCAAGGAGCGAGUCGUGGACAGCGUCCCGUUUCCACCCAGUCACAAACUGACGCUGGCCGAGGUGUUCGAUCCGCGCAGCGGCAAACCGAAUCACGAUCUGCUCAAACAGCACUUCAUCCUGGAGGGUCGCAUCGAGGAAGCGCCGGCACUGCGUAUCAUCCAGGAGGGCGCCGCUCUGCUGCGGCACGAGAAGACAAUGAUUGAUAUUGAGGCGCCGGUGACUGUCUGCGGCGAUAUUCACGGCCAGUUCUAUGAUCUCAUGAAGCUCUUUGAGGUUGGCGGAUCGCCGGCAACAACAAAAUAUCUGUUCCUUGGCGACUAUGUGGACCGGGGCUACUUUAGCAUUGAGUGCGUCCUCUAUUUGUGGUCGCUGAAGAUCACGUAUCCGCAGACGCUGUUCCUGCUGCGCGGCAACCACGAGUGCCGGCAUCUGACCGAGUACUUCACCUUCAAGCAGGAGUGCAAGAUCAAGUACUCGGAGCGCGUGUACGACGCGUGCAUGGAUGCGUUCGAUUGCCUGCCGCUGGCGGCGCUCAUGAACCAGCAGUUCCUCUGCGUGCACGGCGGCCUCUCGCCCGAGAUACACGAGCUGGAGGACAUUAGGCGGCUCGAUAGAUUCAAGGAGCCGCCCGCCUUUGGCCCCAUGUGCGACUUGCUGUGGUCCGAUCCGCUCGAGGACUUCGGCAACGAGAAGAACUCGGACUUCUACACGCACAACUCGGUGCGCGGCUGUUCGUAUUUCUACAGCUACGCCGCCUGCUGCGACUUCCUGCAGAACAACAACCUGCUGUCGAUCAUACGGGCGCACGAGGCACAGGACGCCGGCUACCGCAUGUACCGUAAGAGCCAGACCACCGGUUUUCCCUCGCUGAUCACCAUCUUCUCGGCGCCCAAUUAUCUGGACGUGUACAACAACAAGGCGGCGGUUCUCAAGUACGAGAACAACGUGAUGAACAUCCGGCAGUUCAAUUGCUCGCCGCAUCCCUACUGGCUUCCCAACUUCAUGGACGUGUUCACCUGGUCGCUGCCCUUUGUCGGCGAGAAGGUCACCGAGAUGCUGGUGAACGUGCUGAACAUCUGCUCCGACGAUGAGCUCAUGACCGAGGAGAGCGAGGAGCCGCUCUCGGACGAUGAGGCGGCGCUGCGCAAGGAGGUCAUACGCAACAAGAUACGCGCCAUUGGCAAAAUGGCGCGCGUCUUCUCCGUGCUGCGCGAGGAGUCGGAGUCAGUGCUGCAGCUGAAGGGACUGACGCCGACGGGCGCCCUGCCCUUGGGCGCCCUAUCCGGUGGCAAGCAAUCUCUCAAGAAUGCCAUGCAGGGCUUCUCACCCAAUCACAAGAUUACCUCGUUCGCGGAGGCCAAGGGACUCGAUGCGGUCAACGAGCGGAUGCCGCCCCGUCGCGAUCAGGCGCCCACGCCCAGCGACGAUCACCAGCAUCCGCAUCCACAUUCGCAUCCACAUCCACAUCAGCAUCACAGUCAAGGCAACAACGGAGCGGCGCAUGGCUAAACAUGGCAAACAAGGAUCGCAACCAUGGCAACGACGUGGAGGGCGACAACGGGAGCGGGAGACGGCAGCUUUUCUGUGUGAGCACCGAUCUCGAUCGGUAUUCGGUAUUCGGUAUUCAAUCAAAUGUCUGUUGCUGAAGAUAUGAGAUGUGAUGUGAUGUGUUGUGGAGAUUUUGUUGUGUUUGUUGUGGGUGUUGAUGUCGUAUAUUGGAUUGGGUGUUGACUCUGCGCCCCGACCACAUUCUGAGCAGGACGCGCGACUCUCUCUCUCUCACAUACGCACAUCACACACAUACACAUUCACACACUCACAUUCACACGCACACACACAUUCACACACACCCAUUCACACACACACACACACACAUACACACACAGAGAUGCAGAUGCAGACGCACGCGAGUAUAUAAUAUUAACAUAUAAUAUCUACAUAUGAACAUUAUAAAGUUGCAAAGAUUUGUCGUUUUAGCUAAAGCAUCAUUCGUAAUACUGUAAUAGACAAAUACAUACUUACAUUUAUAAUAAGCAAGAAGGUCAAAAGCAAGGCAACAAUAAUGGAGCACACUUGGAUCGAUCGAUCGAUCGAUCAGAAUAGAAACCGGAACAUGUCACGUGGCAAACUCAAUUCUCAAAUCUCACACGUAUGAAAUUUGUAACAGAAGAGUAGAGCUGCCCGGCGCAGGAGCGGAGAACUCGUCUCGCCCCCUGAUGGGGUAUAUUUAGACAGGACAGGAUAGAUAUUACAGUCAGUUGAUGCAUUGAAUACUUUUGCUAGCGCUAGAUUCCCCAAUUCCUUUUCCGAAGUAAAAACCGAAACUUAUCUUAAGCCUGUAUGUAUAAUAAAUUACCAGCAAAAACAAAAAAAAAAAAAAAA